AGCCGUUGUGGAUUAUUUCGGCUAUGUUCGCAAGCCAAUGACGAGGAAUUCAUGGUUACAUCUAUUAAGAAAUAAUCAUCGUCUUGGUUUAGGUGAUUCCUGACCCCAUUUUAAGUUCUGUGAUAAGCACCUACCAGAAAACUCUCAUGGUUUUCUCAUGCUUUUAGCUUGGAUAGCGACCGUGUUUGCCUAGUGUUGAGCACCCCCCUUCCUGUAUGUUAGCUGGCUCGGAAGAUUACCUAUAGAAUAACCACGUGGCAGACACAUCAAAGCUGGCUGUUUUCUCGCUACUGGCAUUCAAGCAAAAAUAAGCCGACCAUUCCCAGGGCUUUGACCCGACUUACCUUAGAUGUCUUAGUUAGCUACCUGCAUCAUCCACCUACCAACCAGUCGAAUACCGGGACAAGCUUCUAGCGAAUAUGGAUAGCAAAGACCCUCUAGAGCCUCCUCCUCCUUAUUCCGCUACUCCAACUAAUAUCCCCCCCGUAAACGAGCUGCAAUUGAACUCGUUGACUUCUCAUCUCCAACACCAUGUUGCAUCCCUUCCAGAUCUCAUCCGGGCGGCGCAAGAAGCACGGAAAGCCGAGCAAUCAUUUAGUGAUGCAUCUCUACUGGACCGUAUUGUCACCGUCCUCGAGGAAUUUCUAGUUGACCUAGGGACUCGGCACACUCCCGUUCCCUUGGCUACCCUUACUUUAGUCCCAGAUACUGCGAUCCCCAAGAAUGCCGUCCUUAGCGGUUUGGAAGACACGAAGCGACGCGGGGAGAUCUGUCGCGUAGCUAGAAUUUCCAUAGAAAAUUCCAGCAAGGACGCCAAGCCUGGUUCAAGCACCCGGAGUUCCCCAGAAAUAAGCGAAGACCCGAGCUGGGCUACCGGGCAAGAAUUCAGUGACUGGGGUCGAUUUGAUGGACCUAGUUCUUCGCAGGAUGACACUACCGAAAAGAUUAGAACACUCUGGUGGCGCGACGAGGAGAUGGCACGCCGCAUCGCCAACUACCUGCAGCCGAAAAGGGAGAAGAAACCUCAAGUAAGGUUUAACUCGGUAGUUCAGACUGUGGUUGAGCAAAGACUACCGCCCAAGAAGGAGAAGAAAAGCUGGUUCUGGGGCAAACGCGCAAGCCACCAGAAGCCACCAGAAGCGGUGGUACCGGUGGUACCGAGUCCUCUAAAAGUCGAUACCACGGUGGAUGACACACAAGACGAUCAAGAAGAUCAAGGGGCUGACAUGACAGUCGCUGCUCAGGAGGUCGCGUUCCGCCAAGAGAACGAGCUUGGAAUAUGGGAGAGCGUUCGUGGAUGGGGUAUCGUCGUUACAGUCAAAGUCACAACUUGAUGGCUUUUCCUCGUUAUUGCUAGCUGUUGUACACAUACAUAACUACCUAGAUAGGUAGGUACCUACCUUCAAAGCGGGAAUAAAUAUAUCUAACUGCCUUGCUUUAUCUCUCGCAACAGCCGUAUAGGAGAUGACAUUAAUCAACACCCAUAUCACUUUUAUUUGAACGAAUUCUCCAUGAUAUAUUCUAGUAGAACUAGGUAACCAAGAAAGGUUAUAGCCAAACGGGUAACACGUAAAUUCGUGACUUCGGCCUGACUCAAGUUCCAGUCUUUGGACCAGUCCCAGAGGGUAUGACAAACAAUCGUGUUGCCAAGAAUUAAUGACCUCGACUCGAUUCACUUAUGAGUUGGCGAACUCGAAGGUCUGUCGAGAUUUGGGAAGGAGAUACUUAUGAUCGAGG